GUAAUUACACAAUCUUUGACGUCUUUUCUUUCUGUGAAGCACAAGCUAGCAACCGUAGAAAUGAAGUUAAAAAAAAACUCAUAAACAAGUUACCGCAGGCAUCCAUGCACGACAAAGAAAGCUUCGCUAAAGCAAGAAGUUUUCAGUAUGUGGCCCUUGGUGGAAAAAGUGAGGACACCCCUAGCUUACACAGUCGCUACCUUUACAGAAAUGGAGCCAUAGCUGUGCCAUCUAUAUCCAUGCUACAUCCACCAGAGCCCCCCCCCCCCAGACACUUGGAAUGAAGGGACUUGUUUUCCGGGAUUCGGCGAGAACCAGAACUGACUUAACGACGAGGGAGGGACGUCGUUAAAGAGGUCAGAAGAAUGGAUGAAUUUUUCCUUACGAGCCGGUCUGUGCAGCCCAACCCAGUCCGAGCAGGGUGGGUUCAUCCGGCGUAAAAAAAAAACAAAAAAAAAAAAAAACAGUCGCCUCCGGUGAUGUCCGCGUACUGCCUCGACCUGAACGCGUCUGGAGUCGGGAGUCCAGCACCACUGGAGCUGGACAGCGACUCCUUGGAGCCACGCCACAGCCAGACGAGCCUCCAUCCCGGCGGUUGCCAGAUGCUUCACGCCGGCUCCGGAGGCCUCGGCGUGGCGUUGGAGGAGGAGCUGGCCGUGCUCGGUGAAGAGCAAGGCGACGAGGAAGAGCUCUCGGUGGUCCACAACGCAGACUUGCUGUCGCUCUUCCGCCAGAAGGAGAAAGAUUUGGUUUUGGCUGCCAAACUCGGCAAAGCUUUAUUGGAAAGGAACCAAGAUUUAAGCCAGCAAUAUGAGAAAAUGCACAGAGAUCUUCACGACAAAUUAGAGCACUUGGAACAGGAGAAGCAUGAGUUGCGUCGGCGUCUGGAAAAUCGGGAAGGGGAGUGGGAGAGUCGUGUGGCCGAGCUGGAGAGCGAUGUCCAACAGCUGCAAGGAGAACUGGAGCGACACCAGGUCCAAUUACGAGAUGCCGACAGGGACAAAACCAAGACCAUCGGUGAAUUGUCUGAACAGAACCACAGAUUGCUGGACCAACUCCGAAGGGCUGCAGAGGUGGAGAGGCAUCUAUCCACUCAGGUCCAUUCGUUACGGGACGACUUCAGGGAGAAGAAUGUAUCUGCAAGCCAGCACAUGACACGGCUAGAAAUGCUACAGGCUGAAAUUAAGAUGCUAUCGGAGAGGAAAAUGGAGCUGGAGCGGCGGGUCCACGCCAUGCUGGAGGACAACGAAGUGCUUAGGAACACCGUGGAAGACCUCAGAGAGAAGACAUUGGUGUUGGAGAAGCAGUGUCACGAGAAAGACCAACAGUUGCGGCAGACUCAAGUGGAGCUUCAGGAGAUUCAGCUGUCCCACAGGCAGCUAACCGCUCAACUGGAGGAGCUAACGGAGGAAAACAGCCUGCAAAGCCUCACCCCUCACCAGUCCAGCCUAUUGUGCGAGAUAGAACAAAGUAUGGAGCAGGAGGAGCAGGAGCAGGAGAGGGAGCAGUUGCGUCUUCAACUAUGGCAGGCCUACUGUGAGGUGCGCUCACUGUGCUCCCAUCUCCGGGGUAACGACGUCACAGACUCUGCGCUAUCCACAGAUUCUUCCAUGGACGAGUCCUCGGAGACAUCCUCAGCCAAGGAUGUGCCGACUGGGAGCCUUCAUGCCACCCUGCUGGAACUACGCAGGCUGACGCAGAACCUUCUAGAUGGCAACGAGUCCACGGGUUCCCGACGCAGUGAUGAGGAUGCUUUGGAAGAACAAUUGAGAAAACUCGGAGAAGAACUCAGAGAAGUCAGAGAGCUGUAUGAAGCUGAACAGGACAAGACGGUAAACAGUAAAGAGGAGAUGCUACAGCUACACAAUCAGAUGGCGCUACUCUCAGUCGAAAUGUGUUCCCUCCAAGAGGAAACGGAGCGGAUGAAGACCAUGGCUGAGGUUCGAGAGCCCAGCGAGCAGCUCCAGAGUGCUAUUAAAGACAGAGACGAGGCCAUAGCCAAAAAGAAGGCCGUGGAGAUGGAGCUGGCCAAGUGUAAAAUAGACAUCAUGUCUUUAAAUAGCCAACUUCUGGACGCCAUCCAGCAGAAGCUCAACCUAUCACAGCAGCUGGAAGCCUGGCAGGAUGACAUGCACAGAGUGAUUGACCAGCAGUUGAUGGACAAGCACCAGGACGAGUGGCGGUACUCCCCGUCCGCCAUGUCUGGGUCGUCCAGGGCUCACGGCUCUCAGUCGUCCAGACGAGCUCAACGCAUCUCUGAUCGGGACAGGAGACUUUUCUCUUUUUUCAAAAAGAACUGAGAACAGGAAAGAAAUAAAAAAAGCUUACACGACGCCCCUUGGAGAAGAGUGACGCGACGGCACAGGUGGAAAGAACGCGGCCCCAAGAUGGCGGGCGGCACACACACACACACGCACUCACACACUGAGGUUUGCACGUCAUGUCGGUUUCUUAGUGCCUAAUAUCAUCCAUGGCUACUUCCUGCCCACCCGAUAUAGGGAAGUAACACCGGGUACCGACUCUCCCUGUCCUUGCUGGACAUGACGAUGGUAGCAUAGCAACAGCAUCCCCUUCACAUGGGCUGGCUUUCAAUUCAUGCACUUCUGUACUUACAUUUCAAUAAGUACACUAAGUACACUAAGUACACUGGAAUUGAGUCAGUGUCGUGCGGUACAAAAUCUUCUUGUCUCCUUUUUAGUGGUGAAUCGCAACCACUCUUCCAUUCCGAAGCCAAGUUAGCGAACAUUGAGGGCUCUUAAGUGUGAAUCGAGAAGACGUAAGUCAGUGUUGUGGACCCAAGAGUCACUGAAACUUCGGUUUUUGUCGAGUACCUGUGAGUCGGUGAAACUCGAGUCUUUGUCGAGCAUAAGUGAGUCAGUCAGUUGUUGUCAAGCUCGAGUCUUUGUGGACAGUGAAACUUGAAUCUUCGUCGGGCCAUCCGUGAAUCAGUGAAACUCGAGUCUUGGUCAACCCGUGAAAGUGGAACUUGGGUCUUUGUCAAGCGCCCGUAAGUCAGUGAGAACUGGUCGGCACGGAGCAACCAUGAGUCGGUAAAAUUGGAGUCUGUUAAUCUGUGAAUCGGUUAAACUUGAGUCUUUGUCGAGCACUCGUGAAUCAGUGAAAGCCCAGUCUUCAGCAGGUACCUGUGAGUCACUGAAAAUUGAGUCUCAGUCAAGAAGCCAUGAAUCAUUGAAAGUCAAUUCUUGCUCGAGCACCCGUGAGUCAGUGCAACUUGAGUCUUUGUCGAGCACCCGUGAGUCGGUGAAACCUCAGUCGUCAGCAAGUACCCGUGAGUCACUGAAACUUGAGUCUUUGUCGAGCACCGAUGAGUCAGUGCAACUUGAGUCUUUUUCGAGCACCCGUGAGUCAGUGAAACCCCAGUCGUCAGCAAGUACCCGUGAGUCACUGAAAAUUGAGUCUCAGUCAAGCAGCCAUGAAUCAUUGAAAGUCAGGUCUUGCUCGAGCACCCGUGAGUCAGUGAAACCCCAGUUGUCAGCAAGUACCCAUGAGUCCCGUGAGUCAGGAGAACUCGAGUCUUCGUCGAGCACCCAUGAGUCAGCGAAAGUCAAAUCUGUGUCCAGCCCCCAUGAGUCAGUGGAACUCGAGUCUUUGUCGAGCACCCAUGAGUCAGUGAAACCCCAGUCAUCAGCAAGUACCCAUGAGUCACUGAAACUUGAGUCUCAGUCAAACAGCCAUGAAUCAUUGAAAUUCAAAUCUUGGUUGAGCACCCAUGAGUCAGUGCAACUUGAGUCUGUAGAUCUUUGAGUCAGAGAAACUCGAGUUUUUGUCAACCCGUGAGUCAGUGGAACUCGAGUCUUGCUCUAGCACCCGUGAGUCAGUGCAACUCGAGUCUUUGUCGAGCACCCAUGAGUCAGUGAAAGUCAAAUCUGUGUCAAACCCUGGUGAGUCACUGAAACUCGAGUCUUUGUCGAGCACACGUGAGUCAGUGAAAUCCCAGUCGUCAGCAAGUACCCAUGAGUCACUGAAACUUGAGUCUCAGUCAAACAGCCAUGAAUCAUUGAAAUUCAAGUCUUGGUUGAGCACCCAUGAGUCAGUGAAACUCAAGUUUUUGUCAACCCGUGAGUCACUGAAACUCGAGUCUUGGUCGAGCACACAUGAGUCAGUGCAACCCGAGUCUGUAGAUCUUUGAGUCACUAAAACUUGAGUCUUGGUGGAGCACCCAUGAGUCAGUGCAACUCGAGUCUUUGUCGAGCACCCAUGAGUCAGUGAAACCCCAGUCGUCAGCAAGUACCCGUGAGUCACUGAAACUCGAGUCUUUGUCGAGCACCCAUGAGUCAGUGAAACCCCAAUUGUCAGCAAGUACCCAUGGGUCACUGAAACUUGAGUCUCAGUCAAGCAGCCAUGAAUCAUUGAAAUUCAAAUCAACUCGAGUCUGUGGAUCUUUGAGUCAGUGAAACUCAAGUUUUUGUCAACCCGUGAGUCAGUGGAACUCGAGUCUUGGUCGACCACACAUGAGUCAGUGCAACCCGAGUCUGUGGAUCUUUGAGUCACUGAAACUCGAGUCUUGGUCGAGCAACUUGAGUCUUUGUCGAGCACCUGUGAGUCAGUGAAAGUCAAAUCUGUGUCAAGCCCCCGGUGAGUCAGUGAAACUCGAGUCUUUUUCGAGCACCCGUGAGUCAGUGAAACCCCAGUCGUCAGCAAGUACCCGUGAGUCACUGAAACUCGAGUCUUUGUCGAGCAUCCAUGAGUCAGUGAAACCCCAGUCGUCAGCAAGUACCCAUGAGUCACUAAAACUCGAGUCUUGGUGGAGCACCCAUGAGUCAGUGAAACCCCAGUCGUCAGCAAGUACCCGUGAGUCACUGAAACUCGAGUCUUUGUCGAGCACCCAUGAAUCACUGAAACUUGAGUCUCAGUCAAGCAGCCAUGAAUCAUUGAAAUUCAAGUCAACUCGAGUGUGUAGAUCUUUGAGUCAGUGAAACUCAAGUUUUUGUCAACCCGUGAGUCACUGAAACUCGAGUCUUGGUCGAGCACACAUGAGUCAGUGCAACCCGAGUCUGAAGAGCUUUGAGUCAGUGAAACUUGAGUCUUUGUCUACACGUGAGUCAGUGAAACUCAAAUCUUUGUUAACCCGUGAGUCACUGAAACUUGAGUCUUUGUCAACCUGUGAGUCAGUGAAACUCGAGUCUUUGUUGAGCACCCAUGAACCAGUCAAACUGGAGUCUUCAUCAAGAAUAACAAAUCCUUCAUGACUUCCAUAUUUGUAACAUAAUGCAUUUUGCUGUCCUGGUCUAUGCUAAUGCACUCAUGCACUUCAAAUACUCCGUGUUAGUGUGGAAGUGCGCCAAUUGAAACACAGCCACGCUGCUGAUUUCAAGGUUUUUAUUCAUCAGCGCCAUUUUUGCAUCGUUCAUCGCAAAACAAUCCAGCUCCAAAACGCUCGCUUUGUCAUCAGCACUCCAGCACUUUGUCAUUUUUCGGCAUUUUUUCCGAGACCUGAGACCAACAGCCGUGAAAAUGAAGCUUCGCUUAAUCCUCGUUUUACUUCAAACUCAGAACAGAACUUGAUUGAUGGAUGCAAUUAUCAGUCUAAUUAAUCAAGUUCUCUUUAGCACUUUAGCCUUUUUUUUUUUGAACUCAUGGACAUGUUCAAUUCCUCUUGAUCUCCAACUUAAUAAUAACGGGUUAUUUUUCUACAUUUACUGCACUAUUUAUUUCAACGCUCUCAUGCAAGGGGGCGUGUGUCCAAAGGCGGCCAUUUUCAGCCCACUUAUUUUUUUAUGGGUACAUUAUAAACAUAAAAUUAAUUAUUAAUGAGCUAUAUUAACAGAAAUUACAUGAAUUUGUUUUGUGAGAGUUUUGUUUAUACACUGAAUUAAUCAUAUUACUUAUAUAAAUGUAUGGAAAAAGUAGUUUGGACCCCACUGCUGCAAUGUAUCAUUUUGUUUUUGUAUUAUUUUCAAUAUUGUCCAGUCAACCAAAUUCUCCAAAGUACAAAAAUACUCUCAAAAAUACUCUCUUGGAACGACUUUGACAACAAGCAUAAAUUUACCUCCAUCCUGCUUCAACCCUGAACCAAUCACUGGUCUUCAUUUUAAUCCAUAAGAAUACACUAAAGAACCCGCAAAUCGAACUUUGUCAAAUAACUAGCCUUAAAAUUCAUAUAGUCGAAAAAUAAAUAUCAUUUUCUUGUAAGUACUUUUUGCGGUAUCCAGCACAAAAAAAGUGUCAAGUUGCGACGAUACUGAAUAUGUAACAUCACAGAAUAUAGAGUAUAUCACACCCAGUUGUACAGCACAGUACAACAGUACAGUACUAGUGGGUUCUUAUGGAUUAAGCUGUCUACUGUUGAUGUGAAUGACAGGAAGUGUGUUUUAAGUGUGUGUGUGUGUGUGUGUGUCUGUGCUUGGGCCGCUGCACCACGCAGCUUUGCAAACCUAUGCAGAUGUCACCUCUGUGAAGGGAGGAACCCAAAGAAUGUUUUUUUUUUUUUUUUAUACAUAAAACAAGUCAGUUUGGGUUUGGGUGAAGUGAAUAUAUUUAUAAGAAAAUCAAUACUUUUGAAAUAAAAUCGACUUUCUUCCUUUUAAAAAAAAAAAAUGUGUCCUUUGUGAGUCAGAUGUGUGUCAACGAUACAGGAAGAGGAACUCUCGUCGCCGACAUGAGGUGUCCAAUGUACACAAAGAAAAAAAGAUGCAAUCUAACAAGAAAAAGUCCUAAUUUUAUAAGAAUUAUUUUCUAUUACGUGAACAAAAAUAAUAUAAUUUAGGUGUUAUUGAAAUAUUAAAGUAAGACAAAAAAAACUAACAUUAUAAGAAACAAACAAAACAACCAAUAAUAUUUCUAUUAAGUCAGAAGUACGGAGACAUAUUUGA